ACGUCUAGGUUCCUGUAUAGGACAAGGACAGUUACUAAUUACUAUACUUUUUGGUCUAGGUGUUGAUUAUCGUGCAUGCUUUUUUAUUUACCUAUUUUUUCUUUUAAUUUUCUAAUAUAAACGUUUAAUAUUUUAGUUCCCAAUAAAUUAAUUUGAGUAAAAUAAAAACACAUGGGUUUAACGGACCGUCAAAUACCGAGCGAUAAGCUCCCACAAUGCUGGUCGGACGAUGUUCGAAUGAAUGCAUUGUUUGCGCCGUUUAGAAUAAAAUCAGCGAACCCGGAAUCUUGGGACAUGAAGAUGAAGUUCUGGUCGGAUCUGGUGCGACAGUGGUGCCGUUAUAAAACCGAUCCUAUGGUUUCAGCUGCUGAUGUAAAAAGUGCUUUCCAAAGGAAGGGCCGCACCGCGGCUUGUAUUGAAAUUGUCAUCGAGGAGAUGUAUAGGGGUGGAAAUUUAUCACCUAUCUCAAAAUAUGUACAAAUUUUACACAAUGGUCCCGAGAGCUUGUUACAUUGGAGUGCGAGAAUGGCAUUCAGGCCUGCCGUUUUUGCUGUAUCUACAGUCCUGUCACUUCUGCCUGUGAGACAGCAACUUGAUAAUGAUGGAUUACCCAAAGCGAGCAUUGAAUCUACACAGAGAUUUGUUCUGGAGAGUGUUGUAAAGGAGCAAGCAACACAAUUCAUAGAUAGCUACCCACCUGGGGAGACACGAAUUGGCACAAUUGAUGAACUGAUGAAAUACAGCCAAUGGCAAGGAAGUCGCGAAACAUUUGAAGUUAUCUUGGGCUACCUGGUCUCACAGGGUGUUGCUGUGAAGAAGGGGGACGUGGUCAAACUGGCUGAGCCAAACAAAAAGGCGACAGCAGUGACAGAAGCGGAUGAGGCGCUUGUUAAAUUGACUUCAGCCGAAGCCCGGCUAGAAGCUGACAUGGAGCGGCUUUCAAAAGAACUCGCUGCUGCCGAAACGGACGCAAAGCCUGCUUUGAAAUUGGGCAACAGGCUUGCUGCUAAAAACCAUCUGCGUCGUAAACAUAAAAUCGUAGUGCGGGCGCAACUUUGCGACGCGGCUCUAGAGAAUGUACGUCAUUUGCUACAUCAGUUAAGGGAGGUGGACUCCAAUGCUGCCAUUGUCGACACAUACAGGUAAACAAACAUACAGACAUACCAAUUUUAUUAUCAUCAUUCACUUCUGAAACUAGUAAACACUAGGAGUGUACGAAUUAUAUAAUUAUAUGCUUAUACCAAUAUAAUAUACGACUUAUAUCGAUACUACUUAGGAACCUUCAAUAAAAGAGCCUACUCUUUUUUAAUAGGCCGGCAAAGCACCUGCAACUCCCCUGGUGUUGCAGUUGUUCAUGGGCGGCGGUAGGUACUUACCAUCGGGUGAUUGCUCGUUUGCCCCUGCUAUAUAUAUAUAUAUAUACAGGGUAUUUUUGGAACGCUCCCGAAAACUAAGACAGGCGACAGCACCAAGUAUACCUUUGAUCAUGGGUCACAAAUAAAUUCGAUCCUGAUGAAAAAAAAAUCAUCUUUUAACAACGUUUUAUUAGCUUUAUUCACGCGCCAUCAUGUUAGUACAGCUAAAUGAAACGAUAAUUUCAUAAAAAAUAUCAUGAAAAUACUGAAACAUAAAACCAGCAGUGGAAUGACUGAAUUGUAUCACCUGACUAAAGGUCAAUGUACUCGCGAACGCAAAUUCGCGCGGCCCGCAACUAGCGGGCCAUACCACUACAUACCCUGAUGAAAAAAUACUUAAAUGAAAUGUAACCAAGGUUGGAGUCAUGCGUUUUUAUUCAUCGUGUAGGUAUGUUUAUUAUUCUCAUGUAUUCAGUUAUGUACCUAUUCAGAUUAGUUCAGUACUAAGUUAUUUAAAAAAAAUAGUUAUGAAACAGCUUACCGCUCUAAAUCCUCCGUGGUCUUAUGAGAUGCAGCUCAAAUUGUGCUCCAUUCAUUUCAAGGUAGAUUUGGGUGCAGGCGGGGCAUCAUCGUGUGGUCUUCGACACAGUCCGUACAUAGUUUCUCGAAAGCAUCCACGAUCCUUUGGCGCAUUUUGUCAGCACUAUCACACUCACGAUUAAAAACCCUUUCUUUCACAUACCAAAAAGAAGUCUAACGGGGUCAGAUCUGGUGAGCGAGGUGGCCAAGCGUGUGGUCCUAGUCUGCCGAUCCAGCGAUCAUCAAAUAGCUCAUUGAGGCGCUCACGGACGAACCUCACGACAUGGUAUCGCUGUCUGUUCAGUCGCUGUGGCAGAAACACUGGUCCCAGUAUGCGAUCCUUAAAUAAACCUGCCCAUACGUUAACCGACCAUCGGGUUUGGUGCCCGGUUUGUCGAACAGCGUGCGGGUUAACCUCUGAAUACACGUGUGUAUUUCUUCGGUUCCACAGGCCGUUUCUGGUAAAUGUCGACUCAUCCGUCCAGAUAAUGUGCUCAAUGGAACCAGGCACACGUUGUCGCCGGUAUAAUAACCAACGGCAGAAAACUCGUCGGCGGACGUGAUCGCCGGGAACUAAAGCUUGCACUUUGUGCAAUUUGUAUGGGCGCAUUCGGUUACGCUUCAACACUUUGUGCACUGCACAGUAUGACACAAUUGUUCCAUCCCGACGUCUUAACAAUUUAUUUGGCGAUACUUCGUGUACCUGGGUUCGGAUAACAUGUUGCUGUAUUCACAAUCACUAUAAAAGUACGCGUUAAGCAUUAUUAAAACAAAAAACGUAACAACAGGAAUAAUACCAACACGUAAUCACAAGUAAUAACAAUACGAUUGAGCUGUCGCUCGCGCACGCGUGUACAAAAUCAACACGGAACUGUUUCAAAAACUACAAUUAAUAACGAACCCCAACAAAACUGAAACCUACUGCUAGGACAGUUAUUAUACUCUUUGUCUACUGCGUCACAGCGUGAGGCGACACGAGCCGGCCGGGUUACAUUCUGCCGUCGUCGGGUUACAUAAAGAAGGACGCAACUAACAAAAACGUAAAAUGGAAAUAAAAAAUAAAGUGAUGAAUUUUUCUUUCAGACCCUAUGUCUAAAGUAUAUUAAAAGGUAUCUAUAUGAAAAUUGAAAUAUAUACGUAGAGACAUGAAGAUUUUAAGGACGAACAAAUUUUUUGAUAAUUUGUUUAUUUAUUUAAAUAAAACGAAUUUUCCUUUUCAUCUUAGCUUAAAAAAUACACGGCAUCAC